AUGCCUCUCAUCCUAGUAUCCGGCUACCCCAGCAGCGGCAAAACCCACCGCAGCACCCAACUCAUCGCCCACUUCACCCAAAAAAUCAGCACCUCCACCGACCCGCGCAUCACCCGCCUCACCAUCCACCACAUCUCCGACGACACCCUCUCCCUCCCACGCACCGUCUACGCCAGCGCGCGCCCCGAAAAAGACGCCCGCGCGACCCUCUCCUCCGCCAUCAAACGCCACCUCUCACGGGACACCCUCGUCAUCGCCGACGCCCCAAACUACAUCAAAGGCUUCCGCUACCAACUCUACUGCGAAGCCAAAGCCGUGCAAACCCCCUCCUGCGUCGUGCACGUCGGCACCCCGGCCUCCAAAUGCCGCGAGCUGAACGCCUCCUCCCCGCACCCCUACGCGGAGGAUGUCUUUGAGAACCUCCUCUUCCGCUACGAGGAGCCCAACGGCAUGAACCGCUGGGAUGCCCCCUUAUUCACCAUCCCCUUCGAGGACGCCGAACCCCCCAGCGAGGACAUCUGGGAAGCGAUGGUGGGGUCCGAAGGCAGCAAGCCGAAAGUCGUGCGGCCGAAUGCCGCCACCGUGCUGAAACCCGCCGCGGAGCAGAAUUAUCUCUACGAGCUGGAUCGGACGACGUCCGAGGUGCUGGCGCUCAUCACGGCGUGGUUGGGCGAUCAUCCGGGGGAGGGCGGAGGGGAGGUGAGUGUGCCUGGGUCGGAGCAGACGAUUAGUUUGCCCCUGAAUGCGCCUUCGGUGCCGCAGUUGCAGAGGCUGAGGAUGCAGUAUAUUGGCUUGAAUCGGCAGCAUUCGUUGAGUAAAGGAAGGAUUCGGGAUUUGUUUGUAGACUAUUUGAAUGAUGCUUUUCAGACUUGA